CAUUUCCUUUCAGUGUCUUAUUCGGGCCUCGAGCUCUAUCAAUCGUCAUUUACUGACUGUUUAGUUAUUUUCUGAACACAAAUUUCUUUUCAUAUUUUUUGAUAGAAGAAAUAUAAUUCAAUAAAUAAAGAAGAAAAUAAUAGCAAUAAGGCUAGAGUGUGAGUGCGUGCGUGUGCGUGUGUGUGUGCUAAUGAUAGCAAGCAAACGAAAAAAGAAAUUGACAAAAAUUGUGAAUUUUGGUGCGUGGUGUGGUCGGCGGUGGCCUCAAAAUGAUACAAAAUAAAAAAUAAUGUGGAACACAUAAUCGUUGAGAACAGGCCAGCGAACAACAGCAAGAAGCAGAAAAAAAUAAAAUAUACUAAAAAGUGCUAUUGUUAUUGGAAUUUUGUUAUUAUUUUAGCUCAUAUUGAAUACAUUUAUUUAGUGGAAUAGAAAAACAGCACUUAAGAACUACAAAUUACUCAACGACCAGGAAAAAUAUUGUGAAAUAAAAAAAUAAUAAAAAAUAAAACCAAAAAAGAUAACAUUCUCUAAAAAUUCUCUCGUUGUUGUAAACUGCGUGUUUCAAUUCCCAUGUCGUCCAAGUGAUAUUUACUCCUCAUACAUGUCGUGUCGUUUGAAAAGAAAUGCACAGAGAGUGAAAUCGUCAAUGAGUAGUAGCUGACACAAAAUCUCAGGUGAAGAGAAGAAGAAGAAAAACAAUUCAUCACACCCCAAUAAAAUUCCAUUGACAAAUCCUCCACAAAACGAAGCACUUUAUAAUCCGCCAUUCAUCGGUGCCGAACGGAAAUUGAAAUAAAAAAGAUGACCUCCAAACACCAUCACAUAAAGGCCCAUCAGCCGCAACAUCAAUCAGCAACACAGCAGCAGACAUUUAACGAUGGUGACCCAUUCAAUUACGAAGAGCUCAAUGUCAUCGGAACAGGCGCCUAUGGCACCGUUUAUAGAGCGCGAGAUAAUCUCACUGGCCGCAUUGUGGCUAUCAAAAAAGUCAGAAUAACACUGACAGAUAAUGGAGUGCCAAUGUCAACGUUGCGUGAAAUUGCUCUGCUAAAACAAUUGAAUGCCUCGGAUCAUCCGAAUAUUGUCAAACUCUUCGAGGUAUGCCAGUUCCUGGAACGUGAAGGCCAGUUAAUGGUUCUGCUGGUAUUUGAACAUUUAGAACAAGAUCUCUCGGAUUUAAUAGAACGUCUACCCAAAUCUGGAAUGCCACCCACAACAAUACAACGUCUUUCACGUGAACUGCUAACCGGUGUUGAUUUCCUUCACUCACAUCGUAUCAUACAUCGUGAUUUGAAACCACAAAAUCUUUUAAUUUCCUCCCAGGGACAUUUGAAAAUUGCCGAUUUCGGUUUGGCCAAAACUUAUGAUUUUGAAAUGAAACUAACAUCGGUGGUCGUUACACUGUGGUAUCGUGCUCCCGAAGUCCUGUUGGCCCAAACAUAUAAUAGUUCUGUUGAUAUCUGGAGUUCGGCAUGUAUCAUUGCGGAAAUGUUCUCACGUAAAGCUCUGUUCCCCGGCACAUCAGAAGCAAAUCAGCUGGAUCGGAUAUUUGAAUUAACUGGCCGGCCAACAGCUCAACAGUGGCCAAGAACCAUCUCCUUAUCACGAGAACAUUUUCCCGCGCGGCAUCCCAAACAACCAAGGGAUUUAUGUCCAAACCUGUGCGAAUAUGCAAAUGAUCUACUGGCACAAAUGCUGUCGUAUGAUUUACGUUUACGACCCUCAGCAUUGGCCUGUCUAGAUCAUGAAUACUUUCAACAAGAGCCGUUGUAAAAGUUAAAUAUUUAUUUAUUAUUUUUUUUUUGUUUGUUUAUGAUCCGUGUUAAAUAAGUUCAAAUAUUAUUUAAGAAAUAGUAGUUUUAGAAAUGUGUUACCUUAGAGUAAAAAAACAUAACAACAAAAACAAUGAUAAAACAAUAGCCGAGACACUAGCGUUCAACAAAUACAAUUCCUUAAUGCAUUUCAAAAGUUGUUAUAUAUAACAAAACAAAAGCAACAACAAUAAAAAGUGUUCAUUAUUCUUUUAUAUAUUCUAUAUCAUAUCUUUUUGUACGUAUUUAUGCAUAUUUUUCGUUAAUUUAUAUAUAGCUAUUAAAAUUAAGAUAAAUCGUUUGUGUAGUCAAAAUAGUUUUUAUUGAUACCUGAGCCGGAUACCAAACAUUUUCUUGAAAGAAUUUUUUUUUGGAGGGAAAUAAGAAUGAUGAAUUCGUUUCUUUCCCCACUUUUAUUCAUAAACUAAAAUUUCUUUCAAGAAAAAAUACAGUAUUUGGAGUUGGUUUCAAAAUGAGUUGAAGUUAAUAUCAAGAAAACCAUACUCAACGAAACCGUUGACUACAAUAAUAGUAAAAAAUAAUAUAUAUAUAUUUUUUUUGCUAACUACACUGCCCUAGCAUACCUCAAACUUUGUCAAAAACAUAAAUAACAUUAACGGUCUGUUUAUGUAUGUCUAAAGAAAAUAAAUAAAAUAAAUAAAAAUACCAAUUCUAUGUAAAUUGUUCAAUUUUUUAAAUUGUAUUUAAAUAUUUAAAUUUAUAAAAUUGAAACCCAUUUUCGUUUGACAUACAUAAACAAGUCUUAAAUACUAAGAUUUCACUUAUGCCAAGUUAUUUAAAAAAUCAAUCCACUAAAAAAUAUAUUUUUUAAUAACUACACUGCCCGAGCAUACCUCAAACUUUGUCAAAAACGUAAAUAAUAUUAACGGUCUGUUUAUGUAUGUCUAAAGAAAAUUAAUGCGAAAGAAAAAUACCAAUUCUAUGUAAAUUGUUCAAUUUUUCAAAUUGUAUUUAAAUAUUUAAAAAAAAAAUCAAAAAGUUGAAAAAAAAAUUGAAACCCAUUUUCGUUCGACAUACAUAAACAGGUCUUAAAUACUAAGAUUUUCCUUAUGCCAAGUUAUUUAAAAAAUCAAUCCACUAAAAAAUAUAUUUUUUAAUAACUACACUGCCCGAGCAUGCCUCAAACUUUGUCAAAAACGUAAAUAAUAUUUAAGGUCUGUUUAUGUAUGUAAAAAGAAAAUUAAUGCGAAAGAAAAGUACCAAUUCUAUGUAAAUUGUUCAAUUUUUCAAAUUGUAUUUAAAUGUUAAAAAAAUUACAAAAGUUGAAAAAAAUGAAACCCAUUUUCAUUCGACAUACAUAAUUAGGUCUUUAAAAUACUAAGAUUUUCCUUAUGCCAAGUUAUUUAAAAAAUCAAUCCACUAAAAAUAUAUAUUUUUAAUAACUACACUGCUCGAGCAUACCUCAAACAUUGUCAAAAACAUAAAUAAUAUUAACGGUCUGUUUCUGUAUGUCUAAAGAAAAUUAAUGCGAAAGAAAAAUACCAAUUCUAUGUAAAUUGUUCAAUUUUUCAAAUUGUAUUUAAAUAUUAAAAAAAUUACAAAAAGUUGAAAAAAAAUUGAAACCCAUUUUCAUUCGACAUAUAUAAACCCGUCUUAAGUACUAAGAUUUUCCUUAUGCCAAGUUAUUUAAAAAAUCAAUCCAAUUUUUUUUUUCAAUACAGUACCUAAAUAUGAAUGUAAAUUCAAUACAAACAAAAAAAUAAAUAUUUAUAUGUAUAAUUAUUAUGCAGCGACAUCGUCAUUCAUUGUAUUGUCCCAACUUAUGUAUAUUUAUUGAAUAAAUUGUUUAUAAAUGUUCAUUAUUCCCCAAAAUCAACCACCCCCCCUCCUCCUCAUUGUAGUUGUAAAACAUGUACACAAACAUUUAUUAUAUUUCGUUUUAAGUUAUAUAUGCAAAAAGAUAUAUAUCAUAGCAUUUUUAUAUAUGUAUAUUUUCAUAUGUGUUACACGUGUAAACACACACACACACACAUACACACAAAUAAAAGGCAUUUGUUUACUUAUACAAUUUCAUAUAAA